CCCCUCUCUCUCUAGAUAUAUAUGCAUGUAAAACAAACUUUUCUGGGUUUGGGUUUAUAGUUAAUUAAUUAACCAGAGAGCAAUUAAGGAAGGAGAAUUUCAGGGGAAAUAGUUAGAAGGAGUUAAGAUGGGUGAAGGUGGUAAUGAUUAUUCAUGGGGAGAAAUGGGAAUGUUCACUAUGAUGGUGAUGACAGAAGGUGCGACCAUAGCUUUGACAAUUAUGGCGAAGACGAUAAUGACGAGAGGGUUGAGUCCUUUUGUGUUUAUUGCUUACACGAACGCUCUUGGCUCUAUCCUUCUUCUUCCUUACUCCUUCUUCUUCCACAGGGAAAGGCCACGACAGCCAAUUUUCACCCGUCAACUUCUUCUUCGCUGCUUCUUGAUGGGGUUUACAGGGAUUUUUCUUUCCCAAAACCUUGCAUUUGUUGGGCUGAGCUACAGUUCGCCGAUUGUUGUUUGUGCAAUGGGUCUGAUGAUUCCUGCUUUUUCCUUUUUGCUCUCUGUUGCUCUCAGGAAAACAGAACUAGAUUUUAGAAGGUCCAGUACCAGAGCCAAAAUUACAGGCACUUUGGUUUCAUUUGGAGGAGCUCUCGUAGUAGAACUCUACAAGGGUCCAUUCAUUCGUAAAUCUUCAUCUUCUACUCCUUCCCUUCAAUUCAUUCCUCAACUCUUUGUUUAUUACAAACCACAAGACAAUUGGGUUCUUGGUGGCAUUUUACUCGCCGCUGCUUCUCUCUGUGUUUCAAUAUGGAACAUUAUACAGCUGGGGACUGUGAAAAAAUACCCUCAAGUCAUGAAAGUUGCCUCUUUUUAUAGCUUAGCUGGGAGCAUUCAGUGUGUUAUGUUCUCUUUGUUCAUGGAGAGAGACCCAAGUGCCUGGAAACUCAACCUUAAUUUGGAUCUGUUUAUCAUUGUUUUGACGGCAAUAUAUGUAAGUAUAGUGCGGAGCAGUAUUCAUGUAUCCUGCACAAGAAAGAAAGGCCCUUUUUAUGUGCCUUUGUUCAAGCCAUUUGGGAUUGUUUUUGCAACCACUUUUGGUGUUAGCUUCUUUACAAAUAGUCUUCAUUAUGGAAGUGUUCUAGGAGCAAUUAUAGCUGGGAUGGGUUAUUAUAUUGUGAUGUUAGGGCAGAUUAGGGAAGUCGAAGCACAAAAAGAAGGUGAUGUUGAAGGGGUUAAGUCAAUUUUUCCAGAGAAAGUUCCUCUCUUACAAGAAGAUUCUCAAGUCUGAUGUUGGAAUUAUUCAAGCUUUUCUUUUUAGUCUGAAUAAAUUUGUAAAAAUCUUGAAGAAAAUCCCCAUUGCAGAGGCUUCUCUACAUGAGGUUUUUUUUUUUUUUUUGAAUCCCUCUUUUUCACUUUCUUAAGGUUAUUUGUUUAAGAAAGUUGUUUUCAGUUGUGAGAAUCAUUGUACAUCGCUUCUGUGAAAUUGAAUGGCUAUUAUCUUGAUCAAACCA